AGUAUAUAAGGGGCAAGUUAUAAUCCAAUCAAUCAUACCACUCCUACAACUCCAAUCUUAAACUUACAACAUGAAGUACCUCUUUGUAGUCGUCCUGGCUGUUCUGGCCAUCGAAUGUGCCUUGGCUACUACAGCCACCACCACCACUGAUGCCACCACCACAACAACCUCAGCAACAACCACUACCACAACCACUGACUCCUCCACAACAACAACCACUGAAGCCUCCUCCUCCACGGGAAAGAAGCGCUGUUCCAAGAAAAACAACUGGUGUGGCACCUUCAGGCCCAAGAAGAAGUGCAAGCAUCCCAAGAGGUGCCACAAGACCAUCGUUAGGGUUACCCACAGGAAGGGCUAAGAUACCUUUUGAAAAAUAAAUUUUACCAUAAAUACUAUCAAAAAAA